CCUAAAGCUACGAAUUACGGACAAGUGAAAUUUGUGCGUAAUUAAUCAAGGGGGAAAUUAAUGAACAGAUUACUUCUUUUAACGGUUCCUGUCGUGAUGUACGUGAUGGCAGGUGACAUUUGAGUCCUUGUAAUGGCUUUCAUAUCUGGUACACAUGUCCACAGGUGCGACAGAGCAGUGAAAACCCGGACCAAGAAUGCAGAAGAGGAAGGGAAGGGGACGGAGGAAGAGGAAACGUGCGCCAGGGGCGGCUCAGGGGGAAACAAAACUGGCGGCUGAACUGGCGGCUGAACCGCCAGCGGCGGUCCCUUCUUCCCGCCCCCGACUCGACCCAAGACGAAAGGACCAGCUCAUCCGGACCCGCCGUCAACACCGAGGGAUGCUCUCAACGCGCCGAUGUGCGAGACGCCCGCAGACGGACCUCCAUCUUCCUCUACGUCACCGCCUACACGUAACUGGCCACUGUCACCAGUCUUGCCAGUUCGGAAGGCGGCGGUCCGGGCAGCCGAGCGACCAGCCUGACAAGGCAAGGUCUCCACCUUCACAAGCACCGUCCCCCUCCGACUCGGAAGCCGUCUGGAAAGUUCAGAUCGGGAAAAUCAGGUCCGGCAUCCUGAAGUUCGUGCAGGGGCACACCUCGGAUCUGGCAUCACUGGUGGGCGGACUAGUGGAACAACUGGCUGAUGGAAGCGCUUACGAGUUACACACCAUCAAGUCUACAGCUGGCAAGACGGGGUUGGUACUAACUCAGCGCCGAGAAGGAGUCUACCGACAAGCGGUCCUAGUUAGAGAAAUGGAUAGCCACACCAUCCACAGGAUCGUCAAGGCCCUUUCCGGCAACGACUAUCGGAUUGUCAUCACCAUCCUCGCCGACCAGAGAUGGAAGCACUCCACCCCUGCCUUUGCCGGUUCUCCGCUCAUUAGUUCGCCGUAGGCCAACCUCCACACCCUAACGGCCUUUAUGUCGAAAUUACUUCUU